AGCCCCACGCCCCGGCGGGGACCGGCAAGCGGGACGGCCCCCUCGCGGGGGCGGUGGGGGGACACAGACGGGACCUCCCGCAGGGGCGUUGCGGCGGCGGAGCGGCGCCCGCCCCGCCGCGGUCCCGCCCGCCCCGUCUCCCCACUACGCCCCCCGGGGAGGGGCCGGGCCGGGCGGUGCGGAGCGGGCAGUGCCGUCGGGCUGCGCCGUCCUGCCCGCUCAGCCACACUCGGCGCGUCCCGCGGGGCUGGAGAUGCUCCCACGCGCGGCGGCAGCGGCGGUGCGGGGCGCCCCGGUCCCGGCCACCUUCGCCGACGAUGUGCUGCGCGUCUUCGGGACGAACCACAGCCUGUCGGCCGGGCAGCUCUCGGCCCUGCUGCACCGGCUGGGCGCCGCGCCUGCCCUGGGCGCCGCGCUGCCCCUGACCCACCUGCACCACAACCAGUGCUUGACUGGUGAGGAAAUUUUUUCUUUGCAUGAGAUACCGAACAACAGUCACGUAUCGAAUUCAAGCUUCUCUGUAAUAUGUCCUGCUGUUUUGCAACAGCUAAUUUUUCACCCGUGUGAUCAUCAGGAAGACUUUGUGGAUACAUCUAAACCACUUUCUUUACAAGUUUGGGGAUUUGGGUUCCUGGCUGUGACUAUCAUUAACUUGGCAUCACUUCUGGGAUUGAUUUUAACUCCCCUCUUAAAGAAGUCAUAUUUCCCCAAGGUUUUAACCUACUUUGUGGGCUUGGCCAUUGGUACUCUCUUUUCUAAUGCAAUUUUCCAGCUCAUUCCAGAGGCAUUUGGGUUUGACCCCAAAGUAGAUAACUAUAUCGAGAAAGCAGUUGCUGUGUUUGGUGGAUUCUAUAUUCUCUUCUUUGUGGAAAGGAUUCUUAAAGUGAUAUUGAAGAUCUAUAACGAGACUGGUCAUAAUGACUCCGAAAACGGCGAACAGAAUAAUUCUCAGGAUAAGACUAACCCACCCAAACCACUAUCAUCGAGCAAUGGCGGGACGUGUUAUGCAAAUUCAGCUGUCAUAGAAAGCAAUGGAAAUCUUGGUUUUGACAGCAUCAGCGUGGUCUCAACACAGGAAGAAGCCACGCAAGGCGGAUUAUGCAAGUGUCUUAACGACCGUCCACUGUCAAAAAUUGGAACCAUUGCUUGGAUGGUUACGCUGAGUGAUGCCGUACAUAACUUCAUAGAUGGUUUGGCUAUCGGUGCUUCUUUCACUUUGUCUCUGUUUCAAGGGCUUAGUACCUCCAUAGCCAUCUUGUGUGAAGAGUUUCCUCAUGAACUGGGGGAUUUUGUCAUCUUGCUUAAUGCUGGAAUGAGUACUCGGCAGGCUCUGUUUUUCAACUUUCUGUCCGCAUGUUCCUGUUACAUUGGGAUGGCCUUUGGCAUAUUAGUAGGCAACAACUUUGCUCCUAACAUCAUCUUUGCCGUAGCCGGUGGAAUGUUCUUGUACAUCUCUUUGGCAGAUAUGUUCCCAGAGAUGAACGAUAUGCUGCGAGAGAAAGUGACAGGAAGAAAGAUGGAUCUCACGUUCUUCCUUAUUCAGAAUGCUGGUUUACUGACGGGCUUUACUGCUAUACUGAUGAUUACCGUGUAUGCAGGAGAUAUUCAGCUGUGAUAAUGCAAGUGAAAAUGGAAUCAGUACUGAAGACAUCAAGUAAACUACAAAUGGAAGACACUUGAGAUCCAUAAAGGGACAUUCACUUAAUCUACUUGGUUUUGAAAUGGUGAUAAGUCCUGCCCUGUCCCCCUUGCUCCAAACACAGGAAAUUCUUCUUUAGGACUUGCAGUCAAUCCAAGUACAGGAGCUGUCAACUUCUCUACUAUGCCAAAGAACCGAUUUUAAUAUUUUUAUUUCUACUUAAAAUUAUCAGACAUAUCUGAACAUAGAGAAAGGAUGUUACUUGGCCAGUAGAAUUACGCAAUACAUGCGAUUCAAGACCAAAUGAAAGCUGAGGUCAAAGAAGAUGCUUAUUUAAAAGAAAAUAAUGGAGUCUCAUAUCCUUUUCUUUAACUGUGAUGAAGGCAAGCAGUUUCAAAGCUGGUUAAUUUUCAUUACUUUUGUUGCAGGAUUUGUCUGUGUAACAUCCCCUUCCUCCACCAAAAAAAAAAAUUAAACUAUUUCAGAGUAGAUACUAACGAAGCUGAGAUUUUUAAUUACUAAUUAACACUGGAAGGAAAGAUACCAGUUACUGCUUUUGAUCUUUUCUCGUUAUAAGUGCACUAGGGAAUUGUUGAUUUAUUUUGAGACCACUUUUUUAAUUAGAGGGAGCCUGUUUUAAAUUUAUGACAAUUUAUCAACUCCAUAGUAUUUUAGAAACAUUCAGUCAUUUAAAAAUGUUCAAGCAUUUUGUAUUUUAUGGCAAUAAUAAUGUAUUAUAUUUAAGUUCCAUAAGUAUCCCUUUUAAAAAUCAGUAUUUUGGAUUAAGAUGUGUAGAAAUUUAUUGUUAGUUUUUCAAAGAGGAAUUUAGAAAAAAACUUGCUAAAUUCAACAUUCCAGUAAGCUUUUUUUGUAAUUUGAAUAGUUUUCUUGUGGGCAGUUGGGUGAAAGUAAGUGCUACUAAAAUAUACAAACACUUAUCACAAUCUGUUGCAUGUUACUUUUCUAAAAUCAUGCUUAUAUGUACGAGCUCUUCUAAAAUAAAAAUUCAGCCACUCUGGUGUUGUAAGAUGUGUGCAAGGAAAUUAAUAAAAAAAGUAUUCCAUUUCAGUCACCACUCAGCUUUGAAGGAAGUGUUCUUAUUCUCUAGUAAGUUACUUUUUUUUCAUUGAUUUUUAGGCAAGUGUUACAACUUCAAAGAAGAUACUGUUUCUUGACAUAUUUCCUUGGUAGUAGGAAGAGACAAAUCUUUUAUUUUUAAUUCACUAUUGAAAUAUAUUUUCUAACAGGUAAAGGAUUUAUUCUAAUAUUAUUUGAAUCUCAUCUGUAAUUACAUUAGAGAAAGUAACUUCUAGGUGUCUGGUUGAUAAAAACUUGAAGGCAAACUGCACAGGAGUUGUAACUGAUACUUAUUUUAAAAUAUGUUGUAAUUGUUAAAAUGUAGUUAUAGUAGUCCAUGAUAAUUGCUGCAUGGAAAAAGCAUUUUUUUGCUUUAUGCCCUCUUAAGUUUCUAUGAAGAAGAGUCCACCCACUCCAUGUUCUUUCCUUUAAUUCUUCCAUUUGUUAAUUCCUUGGAUAUAAGCUGUUUGUAAAUGCUACUCGUGUGAAUGACAAGAAUGUAUUAUAGUAACUAUGAAUGUUCAUUGACUUUUUAAAAUCGUUUGACCAUUACUCGCUCAACGGAUUAUUAAAAUAAAAUGUCUGCAUGAUA